AUGAAAAGAGCUUUAUAGCAAUUCGAAAAGACAGUACGAUUAACCCACGAAUCGGCUAAGUCAGGAUUGAAUUACAGAGUUUAAGUGAUGCAAAACAAAAUGGUUUUGGGGAACAUUUCAAUUCAUCUCAACAAACAAAAUUAGAUUCCUAAUAUGUUAUUAGCAGAUUUAUUUCAAAAAAAACAUUUCACUUUGACCAAAGAAGAGCAAUGCAUGUAUUUCGAAGGAGAUUUCACCCCAUUAAAUUCUGUAGAUCAAGAUUUGUCUUAUCAUUCUGAAUCAGGUUUAUUGGCUUAUGACACUCAAAAAAAUAGACUCAAAUUGCAUUUAACAAGGGAUAGCUCAUAAUGCCAGGGUCUGAUUCUUGGAUAUGUGAUGAAUUAAUAAAGCUUAUACAUUAUCCAGAAAUUAAGAGAUUCUGAUCCUUAAUGUGAGGUGACAGUAGAAGGUUCGUAUAAUUUUUAUUUAAAAAGAACAUUGAAUGUGCUUAUUGGAAUUUCACUUCUAUUUUUAUUGGAUGGAAUCAGUUUUAAUCCAAAGAAUGACCCUACGCCUGUAUUUGUGAAAAAUGAGAUAUAAUAUAAGAAAGUUUAAUAAUGA